GACAGUCGGGCAAGACGAGAGAGACUUAUUAUCGUAGCGAUUACACAUCCAGCUGCUGACAGUUUAUAUCAGCGUGUACACUUUGAAGACACGGCUGGUACUCGGGUUAGUCAAUUUCAGAUAACAUUAGCUACCUGAUUAACGUGGACUGACCUGAGAGUCAUGGGCAAAAGCUGUAAGGUGGUUGUCUGUGGCCAGGCGGCAGUCGGCAAAACGGCUGUAUUGGAACAACUGCUGUAUGCUAAUCAUGAUGCAGGUUCAGAGCCCAUGGAGACCCUGGAGGAUAUAUACAUCGGCUCCAUAGAAACUGACCGUGGCACACGAGAGCAGGUUCGCUUCUAUGACACCCGUGGACUCCGUGACGGGAUGGAGUUUCCUCGACAUUACUACACUUUUGCAGAUGGCUUUGUUCUCGUCUACAGCGUUGACAGUAAAGAGUCCUUUAAGCGGAUGGAGGCCCUCAAGAAGGACAUCGACCGCCACAGAGACAAGAAAGAGGUGACCAUUGUUGUGCUGGGUAACAAGCUGGAUAAGCAGGAUGAGAGGAGAGUUGACUCUAACAUGGCACAGAACUGGGCAAAGAAUGAGAAGGUGCGUCUGUGGGAGGUGUCCGUGGUGGACCGGCGCACGCUGAUCGAACCCUUCGUCUACCUGGCCAGCAAAAUGACCCAACCACAAAGCAAAUCCACUUUCCCUCUCAGUCGCAAUAAGAAUAAGGGCAGUGGUUCUGCAGACAGCUGAAUGACCAAACUCUGUCGUUAUGUUCAAGAGGGAGAAAAAAGGGAGAGGAGGUGUAUUAAAGGGAACUUAGUUUGGCUAAAAACUAUUUUGAUAUUAUGAAGGAUUGAGGUAGAAAGAGCUGUUUUGGAGAAUGUGGCGAAGCGAUGAUGAGAAAAUGCAGAAUGAUUGUAUGUAUAUUUAUAUACAGUGAGUACUGCUGGUAUUGGUAUAGCAUCCAUAUUUUAUGUUUUGUUGAAAUACAAACUACUUUAAUUCGAAAUGAAAAAACAUUCUGAUCUUUUAUCAGCUAAGAAAUUGAAGGAUGCAAAGUGUUUUUGUUUGUAUUUCCCAUUUUUAUUUGUCUGGAUUAUGGUCAAACUAUUCAUCCACAUUCUUUACAAUCACAGCUGUUAAUAUCAGCAGUCAUAUUUUAACCUACACAAUGUAGUUCUUAAACUACUGACAAACAUUUUGCUCUCAGUUUAUACCUCAAUAGUCCUGUGUGUCAACAUAUCUGAGGCUUAUGGUGCUCACUGUACAGGUAAAUCGGGACCCAGCACACAUAUACACUGGCCGCUAUUUAAUUUACAUCUACACUACAUUUAAACACAGACUAAAUCAGAAAUGUCCGCAGUUACUCAUGUGACGUCAUAAUUGCAUCACACAAAUGCUGAACAUGUAAAAGAUUUGAUGGGUGAAGGUUUUUUAUUGUUACAUUAUUGAUGAUGUACAUUAACUGCAGUUUUUUUGAUCUGGAGAUGUGUUACACUAUGUUUGAUUUUUGCUGAGAUUCACUGCUGGAGGUCGUGCAGUGAAUGAUUGACAUUCCUUACCACAUAUUGCCUUCUGUACAGGAUUUAGAAAUCUAAAGAGAUAAAAAUGUUCAGAUGAAGGGUGGUUUCUGCAGGCUCAGGUGCUACUUUUUUUCUGGUUGUGACACAUGAAAGACAUAGAGCACUCUAUAUAGUAAAACGCCUUGGCAUUAUCUCCAUGACUCAUCAUAUAAUCAGUUACAGUCAGUGCUGAAGUUGAAGCUGUUAUAUUUUUUACUAAGCUGUAAAAACUCAAAAGUAUUCAUUAGCGGACCAUUGAACUGUUUCUUCAAGUCAAACACACCUAUUAAUGUUUGUUUAAUUUGAAAAGAGGAAAUCUAUUGAUGAAGUCUUUUUUCAUGUGUCCAUGCCUCAGGCUAUCAACACUGUGUAUCAUACAGGCAAGUCUUUGUGAAUAUCAAGCUUUUAUGAAUUAAUAUCCAGAAAAUGUGUUCACUUGAUAUUUGUUUGCAUGUUUUGUAAACAAAUUAAAGAAUUUUUUUUUUCUGUG